GUGGCCACCCUGUCAGUAAUACUUCAGUCAUUCAGUCAUUCGAAAAUCCCCACUCGCUGCAGUCCCUUUCGAUCGAAAUUCCGGUUAACAAGAACAGUUACAAAAUAUCAGAAACCCCCAAAAAUCUAGCAAAUCAAAAGAACAGACAAAAAGGCUAAAUCUCAAGAACCCCCGUAAAGGAAAUAGGUAAUAUAACGGAUUGAUUAUGAACCCGUUUCGACCACGUCUCAAUGCGAAUCACCAUCAUCAUCGCGCCCGCUUGAAUCUGGACCGUUUGCCCGGCGAUAUGGAUCGCCAUGUGGAGAGAUCGGCGGAUGGGUCCGUGGAUAGACGACUACGGCUCACCCAAAUGCCGGCGAUUCGAUUGCGUCUCGACCGUCGGCAGGACGUGGAGCGUUUCAUGAUGAACAUGCGUAUUCUUCUGCAACGCCAGAGGGCCAACUUCAAUCUGGGAGCCGGCGAUGGUGUCUAUGUGUGGAAUUGGCAUGAGCCCCCGAUGGCCACCGGUUUGAUGGGCGAGGGCGAUGGCGAGGGCUAUGGCGAUCUGAUUGCCGAGCCGGAGGCACCACCACCACCACCACCGCCGCGUGCCUUGCCGCCCAACGCCUAGGAUCUGGAUAUUGGAUCUACAUAUGCCCAUCCUAUCACGCCUAUCACCACUGUCUAUCCUGUCUCUCAAUCUCUCCUGUGUAUGGCGUCCUUUUUUUCGUUUCCGAGCGUUGUUCCCCAACAAGAUGAAGAGAGAAAAGAACGACAUCAGCUGAAUACCCAAAACCCCCCAAUCAAUCCACUUCCACGUCCACAAUCAGGAACAGAACCCUGUUCAGACGCAUGUUGUGCUAUUAUUAUAUAUCCGUUGGGUGCUGGGUUCCUGCUGGAUUCGCCCCAAGAAUUCGCGGGGCUCGUGGGGACCGGAGGACACGCCGAGGCGCACGCAUAUAAUAAUUUCCUGUUCAAUGAGCAAUUACCGUAAUAAAGAUACAA